AUGCAGGCACAGCUUCCACAGAGAACACUGCUCAGUUUUGCCCUCAGUGUCCUGUUCCUGAGCAUGGCCAGGGCCACGCGCGGCUGCUCCAACUCUUCCCAGCAGCUCCUCAGCCAGCUGCAGAGUCAGGCGAACAUCACUGGGGACACGAGAUCACUCCUGGAGCCCUAUGUCCGCCUCCAAAACCUGAACCCAUCUACCCUGAGAGAAGGCUGCCACAGGCAGCCUGCAGCCUUCCCGAGCGAGGACGCUCUGCGGGCGCUGAGCAAGCCUCACUUCCUGAGCACUGUGUAUGUCACGCUGGGCAGAGUCCGGCACCAACUGGGGACGCUAAGACAGCAGUUUGUGAAGACUCAGGAUUUCCCAGAGCUGGAGAGGGCCAGGCAGAACACCCAAGGCAUCAGGAACAAUGUCUACUGCCUGGCUCGGCUGCUCCACCACCCCCUGGAGACACCGGAGCCCACGCAGGCGGAGCCCACACGGCCCUCAAGGCCCACGACCACAACACCGAGCAUCUUUCAGGCCAAGAUAGACAGCUGCCGCUUCCUGUGGGGUUACCAUCGCUUCAUGGGCUCCGUGGGGAGGGUCUUGAGGGAGUGGGGGGACGGCUCCAGCCGCAGCCGGAGACACAGCCCCCUCCGGGCCCGGCGCAAGGGAGCCCGCAGAAACAGACCCUCCGCGAGCAGCCGGAGCCCCGCGCCCAGGGUCCAGGUGCCCCGGUAGCCUGAGGACGCGCUGAUGGGUACAGCGUCGUCUGUGGAUGCAGGAUGGAGCCCCUCAGAGGCUUUCAGACCGACUCCGGUGUUCAGGGCUGCGCAGAAAAGCACUUUAAGGGGUGGAUCGGGUCCCCCCUUCUACCACUCCGGCCUGGGGAGGGGAGAGUCAGGUUGUGGCGCCCCCACUCCAGGCCUAGUGGGGUGGCUGGGUCAGGCCACGUGGGGCCAGCGGCUUUCCAUUGAUUCAGGGGUCUGAUGACACAAGCUGACUCAC